GCCAUCCCGCGUGGGAGCCAUGGAGGGAGUGAGCGCGCUGCUGGCCGGCUGCCCUACUGCCGGCCUGGCCGGCGGUCUAGGGGUCACGGCGUGCGCCGCAGCCGGCGUGCUGCUCUACCGGAUCGCGCGGAGGAUGAAGCCAACCCACACCAUUGUCAACUGCUGGUUCUGCAACCAGGACACGGUGGUGCCCUAUGGGAACCGCAACUGCUGGGACUGCCCUCAUUGCGAGCAGUACAACGGCUUCCAGGAGAACGGCGACUACAAUAAACCAAUCCCCGCCCAGUACCUGGAGCACCUGAACCAUGUGGUGAGCAGCACGCCCAGCCCCCGCGACCUCACACAGCCCCAGCAGUGGGUUAGCAGCCAGGUCCUGCUGUGCAAGCGGUGCAGUCACCACCAGACCACCAAGAUCAAGCAGCUGGCCGCCUUCGCCCCGCGUGAGGAGAGCAGGUACGACGAGGAGAUCGAGGUGUACCGACACCACCUGGAGCAGAUGUACAAGCUGUGCCGGCCCUGCCAGGCAGCCGUCGAGUACUACAUCAAGCACCAGAACCGCCAGCUACGCGCCCUGCUGCUCAGCCACCAGUUCAGACGCCGGGAGGCUGACCAGUCCUGUGUGCAGAGCUUCUGCUCCACGGCUGUGAAGGCCCCAGUGCAGGUCAUCGUGCUCCGUGCUCUCGCCUUCCUAGCCUGCGCCUUCCUGCUGACCACCGCACUCUACAACACAGGCACCCGCUUUGCACCAGGAGCUGCCCUGCCCCCUGCCCUGCCACCUGGCGGUAAUGGCUCAGCUGCACCUGACAACGGCACUGCUCUGGGGGGCGAGGGCUGGCGGCAGCUGCUGGGCCUGCUGCCGGAACCUGCGGUGGAGAAGCUGCGGGAGGCCUGGGCCUUCGGGCAGAGCCACCAGACAGGCGUCGUCAUGCUCGGCCUGCUCACUUGCCUGCUGGCCAUGCUGCUGGCCGGGCGCCUCAGGCUCCGGAGGAUCGACGCUUUUGCCUCCUGCCUGUGGGCCCUGCUGCUGGGGCUGCACCUGGCUGAGCAGUACCUGCAGGCUGCCUCACCCAACUGGCUGGACACACUGAAGUUCAGCACCACAUCCCUGUGCUGCCUGGUGGGCUUCACGGCAGCCGUGGCCACGAGGAAGGCGACAGGCCCACGGAGGGUCCGGCCCCGAAGGUACUUCCCAGGAGACCCUGCUGGCCUCUUCCCCACCAUUCCCAGCCUGGCCAUGCCCUACCCGGGGGUUGGAGGUGCCUCGCCAGCUCUGCUCGUCCCCACCCCACCCGGCUUCCUGCCCCUCACCAGCCAGCAGCUGUUCCGGUCGCCCCGACGGGCCUCACCCUCCUCCCUGCCAGGCCGCCUCCACCGGGCCCUCUCGCUGGGAACCAUGCCUUCUCUGACCCGAGCAGACUCGGGGUAUCUGUUCAGUGGGAGCCGCCCACCCUCUCAGGUGACUCGAUCCGGGGAGGUUCCUGUUACAGAUUACUUCUCUCUGCUGUCCGGGAGCUGCCCCUCCUCCCCACUGCCCUCCCCCGCCCCCUCUGUGGCCGGCUCCUUGGCCUCCAGCUCCAGCUCCCUGCGCCAUCGCAGACCCCUCAUCAGCCCUGCCCGGCUCAAUCUGAAGGGCCAGAAGCUGCUGCUGUUCCCUUCGCGCCCUGGAGAGGCCCCCAACACACCCAGCAGCUCGGACGAGCCCUCCCCCCACGACGGCAGCCUCUUCACUAUCGAGCCACCCCAGGCCACGCUGAGGCCACCCCUGAGGGACACCAAGCACACUGUGGACAUGGGAGCAGUACCAGAAAGAGGCCGCGCCUGCAGCAGCCUCUCCAUCAAGAAGGAGGACGACUCGUCCCAGUCAUCUACCUGUGUGGUGGACACCACCACCAGAGCCGGCUCGGAGGAGGCCGCCACCUGGAGAGGUCGUUUUGGUCCCUCCCUGGUCCGGGGCCUCCUGGCCGUGAGCUUGGCUGCCAACGCCCUCUUCACCUCAGCGUACCUGUACCAGAGCCUGCGCUGACCCACAG